AUGGCUUCUCCCAUUAUCAGCUCGCUGAGAGCGUCGCAGGCCGCUGUUUGCAGAAGCUGUACACGACGAGCUUUCGUCUCUCUUUCGCAAACUACAAAACAUGAAAUCCGAAGCAGACCAACUCCCAAUGUCUUCCAAACUGGACGCCACAGCACACAAUCGCGAGCCUUUGCAACCACACCAUCGAGGAGGGCUCACAAGUCAAUCGAAGAAGCGAAGACACAGUACAAACUCGGACCUUUCUCAUGGCAAGCCGGCAUUCUCUUCCUGCUCGCUGGCGCCGGUUUGACCGUCUACUUCCGCUACGAAAAAGCACGCAUGUCCCGCGCUCGCAUCGCGGAAGCGAAUAAAGGUAUCGGCAAGCCGCUCGUGGGCGGCUCCUUCUCCCUCACAGACCACAACGGCCAACCCUUCACGGAUGCGAAUCUAAAGGGCAAGUACAGCUUGGUCUACUUUGGUUUCACCCAUUGCCCGGACAUUUGCCCAGAAGAGUUGGAUAAGAUGGCAGGCAUGAUCGAUCGAGUGAAGGAGAAGAAUGGAGAGGGCGUCAUGAGGAACAUCUUCAUCAGCUGCGACCCAGCGAGAGAUACGCCAGAGGUGCUGAAGAGAUAUUUGAAAGAGUUCCACGAAGAUAUUUUGGGAAUGACGGGAACUUGGGACGAGGUCAAGGAGGUCUGCAAAGCGUACAGAGUGUACUUUUCCACGCCGCCAGAUGUGAAGCCUGGACAGGAUUACCUGGUGGAUCACAGCAUCUACUUUUAUUUGAUGGAUCCCGAAGGCGAUUUCGUCGAGGCCAUUGGACGCAACUUCACGGUCGAUGCUGCAGCAAAGGUCAUCAAUGACCAUAUCGCAGACUGGAAGGGCAAGAUCGAUCGCACGGGCAACUGA